AGGCAGCGGGAGACGGCCGCCGAGAUUCCCCCAUCUCUUUGAAUAUAAUUUUAGAUUGAGAUUCAGAUUAAAUCCGAGGCGAAAACACUUUAUGAGGCUGAAAGCUGUGUCGUUGCCAGAGCCAGGGUUAUGAGCUAUCAAAUGCAAUUACAUUAAGACAGAUUAUACUGGGCAAAUUGAGCCAUUUAGAAGGUGAGAAUCAAAGAAACGGCUCUGAUCCUCUCUUCCCCCUUCUCUCUCCCUCUCUCUCUCUCUCUAAAUUGCAGUUCGUAGUUCCUUGCAAUUCUGAGGCACAAAAGUAGGUGAGACUGCUUUUGUAUCUAAGAAGUGCUUCGCUCCUGAAUGUAAUUCUAGCUGAGUGCAAUCUAGGUUAAGAGCCGGACAAGCGGGUAAUUAGAGCCCGCUCGCUGCCCGAGGACCGGCCGCCCCGCCGAAGCGCGCCCGGAGUCGGCGCCCUUCUCCCGGCCGAGCCGAGCUGCGGCUGGACACGGAGCGCCCGAGAUGAUGGUGCUGGACAAGGAGGACGGCGUGCCGAUGCUCUCCGUCCAGCCCAAAGGCAAGCAGAAGGGCUGUGCGGGCUGCAACCGCAAGAUCAAGGACCGCUACCUGCUGAAGGCGCUGGACAAGUACUGGCAUGAGGACUGCCUCAAGUGCGCCUGCUGUGACUGCCGCCUGGGGGAGGUGGGCUCCACCCUCUACACCAAGGCCAACCUCAUCCUAUGCCGACGCGACUACCUGAGGCUUUUUGGCACCACAGGCAACUGCGCUGCCUGCAGCAAGCUGAUCCCAGCCUUCGAGAUGGUGAUGCGGGCCCGGGACAACGUAUAUCACCUCGACUGCUUCGCUUGCCAGCUCUGCAACCAGAGAUUUUGUGUGGGAGACAAAUUCUUCCUGAAGAACAACAUGAUCUUGUGUCAGAUGGACUAUGAGGAGGGACAGCUCAAUGGCACCUUUGAAUCCCAGGUUCAGUAAUGCCCGGCGCCUGGCCUCCAGGCCCAUCUGUCCGUCUGCCUGUCUGCCUGUCUGCCCAUCUGCCCACCCGCCUGGCCGGCCAGCCACUCUCCUGCCGAUUAGAACUCCUCCGUCCUCGAUGGGAGGGACGGCCCUUCCUCUGCCGCCCGUCUGUGUGUGACCCCUCCUGGGGCCAGGCUGGGCCUGUACAGUCUGUCUUCUGUAUAUAAAUGGGAACAUUUAUUUUAUGAGAAAUGUAAUGCGAUUUUAUUACUGGCGUGGAUUAAACUUAUGAAUGUUUCCGGGGA